AUGCAAGGCUUCUCCUAUGAGAACCAUAGCUCUGUGUCAGAGUUCAUCCUUCUGGGGUUCUCCAGGAAUUUCCAAAUUAAUAUAAUCCUCUUCAACGUCUUCUUCUUCCUCUACCUUUCUACACUUGUGGGCAAUGGUCUCAUUGUCACCUUGAUCCACCUGGACUCCCGUCUCCAUACACCCAUGUACUUCUUCCUCAGUGUCCUUUCCCUGCUGGAUAUGAGCUAUGUCACCACCACAGUGCCCCAGAUGUUGGUGCAUCUUGUCUGCCAGAAGAAAACUAUCUCCUAUUCUGGGUGUGUGGCCCAGAUGUACAUCUUUCUGGUAUUAGGCAUCACUGAGGGCUGGUUGUUCUCUGUCAUGGCCUAUGAUAGAUAUGUAGCCAUUUGCCACCCACUCAGAUAUAAGGUUAUCAUGAGGCCUUGGCUGUGUGGUGCAAUGGUAGUCUUUUGUGGACUAUGGGGUGUCAGCUGUUCUCUGAUCUACACUGUCUUCACUAUGAGGCUGCCCUACUGUGGCCCCAAUGAGAUCAAUCACUUCUUCUGUGAGGUCCCUGCUGUUCUGAAGCUUGCCUGUGCAGACACAUCCCUCAAUGACCGGAUAGACUUUAUCCUAGGUUUUAUCCUUCUCCUGGUUCCUCUUUCCUUCAUCCUGGCCUCUUAUGUCUGCAUCUUUGCCACCAUUCUGAGAAUCCGCUCAGCCCAAGGUCGUCUGAAGGCCUUUUCCACCUGUGCCUCUCAUAUCACCGUGGUCACCAUGUUCUGUGGACCUGCCAUGUUUAUGUACAUGAACCCCGGGGCCAAUGCUUCCCCAGAGAGGGACAAGAAACUGGCUCUGUUCUACAAUGUCAUCUCUGCAUUCCUCAACCCUAUAAUCUACAGCCUCAGAAACAAAGAUGUGAAGAGGGCUUUCCUCAAAGUAACAGGCUGGGGAGGAGCUACUGAGUGA